AUGGCAGCCUCGGAGGCAGACCAACAUCGAUUGAAUCCCAGAGCCAGCCUUCGAAACUGUUCUUACAUCGAUCCCUCAACUGGAGCGCGAUCCAACAGAACGUUUACCCUUCGCUUUCACGACGCUGACAAUCAUGAUUUUGGCUCUGACACCUCCGAUGAGUCAACCCCCCUUCUGCCUCGAGCGUCGCAAUAUGGAAGCAAUGGUCAGCGUACAAAAGUUGGGAUUGUCCUACACAAGAGCAGGGAUUAUGCGAUCCGAGCAAAGCAGUUCGUCGUGUCAGAAACGGGCAAAGGAGUGUUCAAAUGUGCACUGGCGUAUCUCCUCGGCAGCCUCGCGACCUUCGUGCCUGCAUUGAGCCAAUUGUUUGGCCGUCAGAGUUCGAAGCACAUGGUGGCCACGAUAACUGUGUAUUUCCACCCCUACAGGUCGUUUGGAAGUAUGCUUGAUGCUCUUCUUCUUGCCUCAAUUGCUUUCCUGUACACAGCAGUUGUGUCCCUUCUCAGCAUGACUGUAGCAGCCUUCUUUGCUGACACUGUCCAUUUGAUUGAGCUGGGCCAUGCCAUUGUGUUGAUUUUCUUUGUAGGAGGUGGCCUGGGACUUGUUGCUUGGAUCAAGCUCAGGAAGAGCGACCCCCUUGUGAACAUCGCCUGUUCCCUUACGUCGCUUGGCCUCAUCAAUAUUCUGACCAGAGAAGGUGCUGUUCAGGCCGGAGACUACUCUCUGAGGACAAUCGGAUCAAUUUUGGAGAUGAUUGUGGCCGGUGUUAUUGCAACUUUACUCGUGUCUCUUUUGAUAUUCCCAAUCUCUGGACGUCAGAAGCUGAGGCAAAACCUUCUCGAUGUGACUGAUCUGCAAUCAGACAUGCUUGCUCUCAUAACAAGCAGUUUCAUUUCUGGCGAUGAAGGAGAACUGGAGAACAAUGUUCUCUCCCGUGUAACCGAAAUGCACAAGAAAGUCUCUGCCACUGUUGCCCAGAAGUUGAAAGAAGCAAAAUAUGAGCAUUAUCUACUUGGUACCGAGAGGCAAGCACUGAUUGAAGCAAGGCUCGCGCACUGCAUCCAACGUAUCUCCCAGAACAUUGGCGGUCUUCGGAGUGCUGCAGCAAUGCAGUUUGUUGUUGUGAAGGAACCUCCUUUUGGGUCACCAAUGCGUACUGGAGGUAUAGCUGGUGCUGCUGAUGCUUGGGAUGACUCUCACAAAGCUGACCGAGCUAAUGGUGAUGUCGAAGGCUUAUUCAACAACUCCAAAUCUAUUCCAGCUUCCCAAGGAACAGAGGCUGCCUUGCUGCACCCCAAUCAAGAACCGUUUCGCUCCCCUGCCCAGAUAUUUGAACUGUUCAUUGAGAACCUAGGUCCCUCAAUGCGAUCUCUAGCCUUCACCCUUAAGGAGAUUCUGGAUCACUUCCCUUUUGAUCCCGACCGAAACUACGCGGUCAGCACAAUUCCAAAGUUCAAAAUCAGCCUUGACCGUGCCAUCGACCUUUAUAAAGACAGCCGCCAAAAAUCUCUCGCCGUUGUGUAUGGCCAGAAAGAUAUGGAUCGCUCCAGGCCUCUUACGGUGCAAGCUGAUUGGGAGGACGCUGCUGCUGCGUGUGGCUACUUUUCAUUCUCUCUUGUCGAGGUUGCCGAAUCGGUCAAAGAUUACUUGGUCGUACUCGACGAACUGCAGCUCGAAGUGGAUGAACAACCGGCUGGCAAAACCUGGAACUGGUUGAAAUUCUGGCAGGAGGACGUUGAUCACCAAGAGCUCCAUGGCAUCCACCCUGAGCUCGCCGAGAUUGUGAAGAAGGCGGGCGAUCUCGACCUUCAAUUCACGCAGAAGCCUUUCGACACGUCCCGACACUAUAAUGAGGCAGCAUGGCAAGACCGCCCACGAAUAAAGCGCAGGCUCUUCCACAAGAUUUAUGACGCGUCCGCAUUCCUACGUCGCGAAGACAUAAGGUUUUCGCUGAAAGUUGCCUUGGGAGCUGUGUUGUACGCGUUGCCGAGCUUCCUGCCUUCGACUCGGCCGAUCUAUUCCCAUUGGAGAGGCGAAUGGGGUCUACUAUCUUACAUGCUGGUCUGCAGCAUGACUAUCGGUGCCAGCAACACGACGGGCUUUUCUCGUAUACUUGGAACGUGCCUUGGAGCUGCCUUAGCAAUUGCCGCGUGGGAGGUGUCUGAUGACAAUCCAAUUGUGAUGGCUUUCCUCGGGUUUUGCAUGGCAUACUGGACGGCGUACAUCAUUGUUGGUCAAGGCAAGGGUCCAAAGGGACGCUUCAUAAUGCUAACCUACAAUCUCACUGCGCUGUAUGCAUAUAGUCUUACGACCCCAGACGAUGAAGACGGUGGGGACGAGGAGGACACCGGAAAACGUCCCUUGAUUGUCCAGAUUGCCACACAUCGUGUGGUGGCCGUGAUUUCUGGUACCAUCUGGGGUCUGAUCAUUACGCGCGUCAUCUGGCCCAUAUCUGCACGGCAGAAAUUAAAGGAUGGACUGUCUCUGUUAUGGCUGCGAAUGGGACUGAUUUGGAAAAGAGACCCGCUGGCUACCUUCACAGACGGUCUUCAUCCUAACCGGUACAUGAAUCUGCGCGAAGAAUUCUAUCUACAGAAGUUCUUGGCCAAGUUGCAAGGGCUCGUUGAGGCCUCGAAAAGCGAAUUCGAGUUCAGAAGACCCUUCCCCCAUGAGACCUAUGCACGUAUUCUGCGAAAGACCGAGGAGAUGCUCGGUGCUUUCCACGCAAUGAACCAAGUCAUCCUGCAAGAUCUAAACGCCUCUCCCGGAGAGGAGGCGUUGCUCUCAGCGACCGCCGAUGAACGAGCGCAGCUAUGCGUCAGGAUCAGCCAUCUCUUCAGUGUGCUGGCAAGCUCCAUGAAGCUUGAAUACUCAAUCGCCAGUGAUGCGUUGCCGAAUAUAGAACACACCAGGGACAGGCUGUUGGCGAGGAUCUUUGCAUAUCGACGCAAUGACGCCCAGGAGCAAAGGAGUACCGACGAGGAUUACAGCCUGUUUUUCACGUAUGCUCUGGUAACGGGGCAACUCAACCUUGGUAUCCAGGACGUGCUCAAGGACCUCGGGGAACUCUUCGGAGUCAUGGAUGAAGAGGCUCUUCGUCUUGACUGA